UAUGGAGUUGCAGACUUGCAGUUGCAGCAAUAAUAAAUAACGUGUCUGGCUGUUGCUCCUUCCAAUAUUGAGUGCUUGCGACCGCAUGUACCAACUCCCUUCAACGCUUUUGCUGGCUACGGAAUUCACCACAAACCAUGUCAACAAGCAUCUACCGACAUAUUUAAAUACAUGCUCAAGCAGCUCUUCUUUUCUUAUACAAGUAGAAUAAGCUCCACCAAAACAAGGCAAAGGCAAAUUCAUUUACAGAACAAAGGAAGAAUGCCAAGUUCUGGUGACCGCAAACUUGCUCAUGUAGCUCUCCUCCCAAGUGCUGGCAUGGGCCAUCUCACGCCCUUCCUUAGACUUGCUGCUUCACUCACACUCCAAAAUGUCCAAGUCACCUUCAUCAUCCCACACCCAACAGUCUCACUCUCUGAGUCACAAGCUUUAUCUCAGUUAUUUGCUUCCUUUCCUCAAAUCAAGCACCAGCAGUUUCAUCUCCUUCCACUUGACAACCCUUCGGAUGACCCUUUUUUCGAACAUUUCCAACUCAUCAAGAACUCCUCUCGCCUUCUUUCCCCACUUCUGUCUGCACUAAAUCCACCCCUUUCUGUUUUUAUCACGGACAUGAGCUUGGCUUCGACGGUUACUCCCAUCACUGAAGCUAUUAGCCUUCCUAAUUAUGUUCUCUUCACAUCAUCUGCUAAAAUGCUGACAUUUUUUCUAUGUUACCCCACUUUAGCCGACUCAAAAGCUAUGGAUGAAUUAGAUGAGAUGGAUGUCAUCAAGAUUCGGGGCCUGGAAUUGAUGCCCAAAUCAUGGAUUCCCCCACCACUUCUGAAAAAAGGCAAUAAUAUCCUAAAGACCAGUUUCAUAGAGGAUAGUAGAAAAGUCGCAGAAUCAAGUGGAAUUCUAGUUAACACGUUCGAAAGUUUUGAGCAAGAAUCACUCAGAAAGCUAAAUGAUUGCCAACUACUCCUGGAAAGGCUACCUUCAGUUGUCGCCAUUGGACCACUCCCACCAUGUGAUUUUGAGAAGAGCCAGUUACAGCUAACUUGGCUUGAUGAUCAACCAGCUGGAUCAGUUGUGUAUGUUAGCUUUGGUAGUAGGACUGCUUUGUCGAGGGAUCAAGUCAGAGAGUUAGGUGAAGGGCUGGUAAGGAGUGGUAGCAGGUUUAUCUGGGUGGUGAAGGAUAAAAAAGUUGACAGAGAAGAUAAUGAAGGAUUGGAAGGGGUAAUUGGAGAUGAAUUGAUGGAGAGGAUGAAAGAAAAGGGAUUAGUUGUUAGGAAUUGGGUAAACCAGGAGGAUGUAUUAAGCCACCCAGCAGUCGGAGGAUUUUUCAGUCAUUGUGGUUGGAAUUCAGUGAUGGAGGCUGCAUGGCAUGGAGUGAAGAUCUUAGCUUGGCCCCAACAUGGGGACCAGAAAGUCAACGCAGAUAUUGUGGAGAGGAUUGGACUAGGGACCUGGGUGAAGAGUUGGGGAUGGGGUGAGGAGAUGAUAGUGAAUAGAGCAGAAAUUGCAGAAAAGAUUGGAGAAAUUAUGGGGAAUGAAUCAUUAAGAAUUCAGGCAUUGGGCAUCAAAGAAGAAGCGAGGAAAACAGUGGGAGUUGGUGGGUGUUCUAACAAAGGAUUGUCUGAACUCAUCAACAUGUGGGGGAAGUUCUGAAGUUACGAGAAUAUCCUGUAUCUAUGUUUUGUAUCUUGAUUUGUCUGUGUCCAGAUAAAUAAAAACGCAAAAUUAAAGAGAAACCAAA